AUGUCACUUUCUCGACACACAUCGUCCUCCAGCACCGAUUCUGGUGGGCGCCUCAAGUUGGCCGCUAUUCGACGCACACGGUCAGCUUUUGUUCGAGCACCGCCGACAGGUUCAGCAGAGCAAAAUGCUGAGGCUACAGUGCAGCAGAAUGGAGGUGGGGAAGGCAUAGAUACUAGACCGGAAGAAAUGAUCCUCAGAGGGAAAUUUAUGACACCUGUGGCGCCUGAGGUUACUCUACAUACACGGGGCUCCGAUCUAUGCAAACGACCGGCCACUGCGGCUCCACUAUCUGGUACUGAGAAUUUAACUUACGGAAGAAAAUGGGAUAAAAGCGGAAAACUAGGGCGCGCAAGCUUUGUGGUAGCAGCUGCUGCUGCGGAGAGCUUCUCUACCGCUGAUCCAGGAUCGCGUCGAAGAAGUGGCCCUGGCGCAGAGCAGGACGAUGAACCAGCUGCGUUUUCUGAGGCCAUACGUAGCAGCAUGAUCAGCAUGCGAUCUGGUGGAGGUCCAACAGAUACCUUUUUUGAUGAUAUCAGUGGCUGGGGUGAAGGGACAGAUGAGGAGCGCGUUGCAAUGACACUGGGCGGGUCGACGUACAAUUAUCUGACUUGUGAGAACGAUGCCCAGAGCCGAGAUGCAGAUGACACUAGCACUGAUAUAGUGCGACGCAUUAGACGGCUGCGCUUUAGAAAGAAAUCCUCACGAGGGUCUGACGCGCAGAAAACUGUGAGAAGUGCUAAGGCGGCAAAGCUUAGAUGUUCUGGUGAAGAUGAUGAUGCUGACGGAAUUGUGGAAGAUGAAGACACAUCAGAUGCGAAUGUGCUCGAACAACAGGGCUCAAGUCUCGAGGGAGAGCGCCUUGCCGAAUCGACCACCAAAGAGGAACCGACAGAUCUUGCUUUCAAAUCGACGGCGUCCAGCUACCUGCAUAACCAGAGAGGACACCGGUUCACCCCGCCAUCGCCCGCCGUUCGAACCUUCUAUAUUUCCACCUGCAUCCCAAAGUAUGGCCCUCCUCCGCAAGAAACUCUUGUCAUCCGCUAG